AUGUUUAGCCAGAGUAGUGAGAGUGAGAGUAGCUUAGCCUCAGCGUGGGGGCUCCGCUCCCGCCCUGAGCGCGCCUUCACGGACCACUACGAGUUCGUGAGGGCCAUUGGGCAUGGCGCCUACAGCCAGGUGGUCCUGGCCCGCCAUCGCCCCACUGGGGCAGAGGUGGCAGUGAAAGUCCUGGAGUUGGUGCCGGAGAACAUCCCGGUCUUCUCCGAACCGAGUGUGUGGAUGAGCCUGGAGCACCCCAGUGUGGCCCAGCUCUUCCAGGUCAUUGGCACCAAGAAGCACAUCUACAUGGUGAUGGAGCACGCAGGUGGGGGAGAGCUACUGCAGCACAUCGCACGUGGCAUGCAGGAGGAGGAGGCCCGCAGGGUCUUCAGGCAGAUAGUGUGUGCCGUGGGCUACUGCCACGACAGGGGCAUCGUGCACCGGGACCUGAAGCCAGAGAACAUCAUGCUGGACGCCAGAGGCGACAUCAAGCUCGUGGACUUUGGCGCCGCCACCAGGUUCCGGCCUGGGCAGAAGCUGAGGAGGUUCUGGGGUACUCUCCCAUACCUGGCCCCCGAGACGGUCCUGCGGGAAGAGUACGAGGGCCCCCCAGUGGACGUCUGGAGCCUGGGGGUCAUCCUGUACUUCAUGUUGACACAGACCCUCCCGUUUAUGGCCUCCACCUCCCAGAAGCUGCUGAUGUGCAUCGUCCUGGCAAGCUACCAUGUCCCUGGCCGUGUGCCCGUCAAAGCCCGAAGGCUCAUCCGCAGCAUACUGACGGUGAAGCCCCACAAGCGGCCCACGGCCCAGCAAAUCUCUCAGCACCCGUGGCUGAAGCAGGGCGAGGAGGACGCACCCCACCCGUGGAGGGAGGUACUCCCCAAACACCCAGACCCCGAAAUCAUGACGCUCCUGCUGGACAUGGGUUUGGAUCCAUACCAGACCUGGUUAUCCCUGGUCCAGAGAAAGUUUGAUGCGGCCAUGGCCACCUACUUGAUUGUCCAGCACCAGAAAAGCCAGGGGGUCGGGUGCAGGUUCCAGCGGAAGCCUGUGCCUCCCAGGUUUGUGCCUCGCCCACCCGCCGUGGAUCCAUCUGCUUUCCCUGGCCUCCCAAGGAAGAGCAAGAGUGAGCCUGCCCUUCACAACUUCCCCUCGCCCUGUGAGCCUCAGCUGCCCCAGGAGGCCAAAGAGCCAGGGCAGGAGGCCGCCAGAAGGGCCAGCCUGCCUGCGAUCCCUCUCGGCUUCCCGCACACAGAGGACCCCACUCCCAGCUCAGCCUCCCAGUCUGACUCUCUGUCCUACUUGCCCAAACGCUGGAGGGUGCUGCUGAGGCUGCUCGGAAGAGCCCACGGAAACUCCUCCCAAGAUUCACCCGCAGACAACAGGAAGGGCUGGACUGGGAGGAUCGCCACCUGUGUCCGAAGACUGUGCUGCUGCCUGCCACGCGCCAGCAAUGCGGUUGUUCCAAUGGCAGAGAGAAGAGAUGCACCGGACCCAUAG